AUGUCCGGCUCCUCGUCAUGGAACACCUCUGGCUUCGCGUUCGCGCCAAGCACGAACGCGAAUGAUGCGUCCAGCAUGCCCAGUGACAAAGCACAAGCCGCGCGCGAACGUGCAGCAGAAAUAAUUGAAGCAUCGAAGAAUGGCAAGCAAGGUGAGGCGGAUGCGAUGCUGGGGAGGCGGGAAGCAAAGGGCAACGUCGGGAUUAUACCGCUGGACUGGGUCAAGACGAAAUUCUCUCGUGGAAAGAAGGAGAAGAAGGCAGACGUGAAAGUAGUGCAGUAG